AUGACAUGGCCAAAAACAUCACCACAAUAUGCAAGCGGCUAUGCGUCUGCCCUGGAGCUACGGCGCAACUUCAGCGCGACUGCACGGCAAUCCAAGGACCAUCACUUCGACACGCUCAAGUUUGUGCAGCGACUGAAGGAGGAGGGGUUCACAGAAGAGCAAGCCGAGGGCAUGAUGAGGGUUCUCAGCGAUGUAAUUGAGGAGAGCAUACAAAACCUCACGCGCACCAUGGUCCUCCGCGAAGACCAGGAGAAAGCCACCUACACGCAGAAAGUCGACUUUGCCAAACUCCGCUCCGAACUCAUGACGGCCGACUCGACUGAAUCGAGUCUGACGCGCGCAUCGCACGAGCGCCUCACAAACGAGCUCGCAAAGCUGAACUCGCGCUUGCGGGACGAGAUACAACGGACACAGGCGUCAGUACGGCUAGACUUGAACCUGGAGAAGGGACGCAUAAGGGAGGAGGCAAACGUGCAGGAGCUCAAGCUGAAGGAGACCGAGACGAGGAUCGAGCAGGAGACGGCGCAGCUGCGGGAGAGGCUCGAGGCGGUCAAGUUCUCCACGCUGCAGUGGCUCAUGGGUGUGUGUACGGGUACGGCGGCGCUGAUGUUGGGUGUCUGGCGGUUGUUAAUGUGA